AUGGAGUUCCCUGAGCUUUCCUUCUCCCCUAGACUAAAGCUUCAGGAGGAAAUCAGGCGUAAGCUGGGUGUCCCGGUCACGUGCCCCUCGGUUGACCGUUCUUCCUUCUCCCUUAUUGCUGCUUUUGGCCGUUGUAAGCUCCAGCUCUCGCCUGCCUCUGUUGGGGUUCUCCUCCAGGUUGCCAUCGGUGGCUCUGCGGCCCACUUCAAUGUCUCGCAGCUUGGUGAACGACGUUCAAGUUUCUUGUCUCUGUGA